AACAAAUCAUUCCAAAGAUGUGUAGAUCAUGCAAAGAAAUAUGGAGGUAUCUUCAACUCGACUCGAUUCCGCAGGUCCCAAAAAAGGCUCCUCGGUGGCAAGUUCUCGUAAGGGUUGUUGCAGUAAAUGUAGGACGAACAGUUCAGCGCAAAAUAUAUCUAAUGAAGAAAGACAACAGAGCACUGUCAGAUCCAACUCUGGUCGCCCUUUCAUUUCACCGAAUCUUUAUGUACCUGAUGAGACUAGUUCAAGGCAACAAAGAAAUUUCGAAAAUAGAAAAAACGAAGCAUCGAUGCUUCGUUCACGGUAUUCUUCAGGCUCACCCACUCAACGAAAUGCUGUUGAUAAUGGUUAUCGUGUGAGUUCAAGAGAGUUCGUCAAAUUCCAAGAAAACAGAAAAAUUCAAUCCAAUAUGUUGAAUAAUCCGAAUCAAAUGAAAGUAAGACAGAAUAAACGUGUUGAAUCAUUGAUUGUGAGAAAAAUCGAAGAACUCCUUGCAGAAGAUAUGAAAAAUUCGACCAGAAAAAUCCAAGAGGACAAAUUACCAAAACUUAGCAAGACGCCCAAACACAACAAUGAAAUUGAGAAUGCCAUCUGCAGUUCCAUGAAUGAUCUACGUGUUGUAAUGGAAGAUGAAAAAAGUGACACUGAUGAUAAAGUAGAGCGACUCAUAUCAGAAAUGUAUGCUGAGGAUACUGAGGUUAACAAUAACACAGAUAGAUUGAGUGAUUCCACCUUUGAAGAAAACAGAAAAAUUCAAUCCAAUGUGUUGAAUAACCCGAAUCAAAUGAAAGUAAGACAGGAUAAACGUGUUGAAUCAUUAAUUAUGAGAAAAAUCGAAGAACUCCUUGUAGAGGAUAUGAAAAAUUCGACCAGAAAAAUUCAAAAGGACAAGUUACGAAAACUUAGCAAGACGCCCAAAAACAACAACGAACUUGAGAAUGCCAUCUGCAGUGCCAUUAAUGAUCUACGUGUUGUAGUCGAAGAUGAAAAAAGUGGCAAUGAUGAUAAAGUAGAGCGUCUCAUAUCAGAAAUGUAUGCUGAGGAUACUGAGGUUAACAAGAACACAGAUAGAUUGAGUGAUUCAACCUUUGAUGAUGUUAUGAAUCAGAUCUCAGGCGUCUCAAACAGAACGAAUGAUUGCACCAAAAACGUGCCUUCGCGGCUAGUUACCAGUACUCCUAAGAAAGUUAAAAAAACAUGUGAUCGUCGAGAUGCGCCUUUCAACUAUGAAAACAUUUGCAUACUGCUGUCUGAUCUACUGCAGAGUACCAAAGAUGAAGUAGAUGCUUUAGCACAGUCGGAAAUCACAUUGAAACGCGGUGCCGUUAAAGACGAAACGCUGGAAAGUACCACGUUGACUGAAGAUGACUAUUACAUGGACUUUUGAAUCUUUAUUAGUUCUUUCCGUCAUAAUGAAAUGACGAGCGAAUGUUCAGGCAAGGAUUUCUGAAUUUCCAGUUUGUUUGUGUGGGUUUUUUGAAUUCAUUUUUGAGUAUACUUUCGUUAUAUAUGAGAUGUAUGUUAAAAUUAGCGUUGUAAUAUUUUAGUGUACCUG